CCUUUAUAUAAUAGGCUUACGUCGGGGUGUGUUUUGUUGUUUUCAGACUUGGUCGGAACAAAACAGUCAUGACUCCAAAAUUCGCUUUCCCUGUAUUUGUGGCGGUUUUCGCCGUCGUGGGCAUCAGCCUGGGGUCUCUAAUGCCGGGGGGUCGAAUGGACGUGGAUGUAAACGACCCUGGAGUCCAAAAUGCCGUCAACUUCGCCGUCGUCCAACACAACAGAGGGACCAACGACAUGUACCUGCACCAGGCAGCGGAGGUGGUCAAGGCUCAGAGACAGGUGGUUGCUGGCAUGAAGUACAUUAUAACUGUGAAAAUGGCAAAGACGAACUGCAGAAAGGACAGACCCAAUGAAGUGUGUGCCAUCCAUGAGAACCCUGAAAACGCUCAGCCUUACCAGUGUGAAUUCACAGUGUGGAGCCGCCCCUGGGAGAAUUUUCUUCAGUUGGUGGAAACGAAGUGCUAAAGAGUUGGAAAUCUGCAGUGUUGUACUUAUUUGAAUAACCUCAACACAAUAAUAUCUAUGACAGAUUAACCACAAGUAUUACCUUUUACAAUAUCUGCUUGAAUUCACUAUUUUUAAAUGUCACGGUGUUCAAGACUUCAGGACUGCCUGUGCAUUAUAGAUAUGUAUAGUUCACAUUAGCCUUUAGAUUAACAGUUUUGCAAUACAUACUGAAUCUAGAAAUUUACUAAUAAAUGCAUUCAGUUGUUUGGUGUUUGGCAGCACAAGCUGUGUAAAAGUAACAUGGAAAUUAAAGAGCAUUUUGAGAUAAUUGUCA